AAAAGUUAUUAUCAAACAAGCAAAUCGAAAAAAAAAAAUCCAUUAUUUCUUAUUUUACAACGAGAUAAAUAAAAUUAAAACAGAGUAAGCAAAUUUUAUUGAAAAUGGUUUUGUGUGUGGAGAACAAAGUUAAGUGAUGUGAUUACUGCACCACUAUAUGUAACACACCGUACGAAUGAACGAACAAGAAGGGUGAGAUACACAGCAAGCGCAAGCUAAUGGAAGAAGAAAAAAAUUACAUAACGAGAAUUUUUAUGAAAACUUUUUUCCAUGGAGCAUAACUGCUCCAAGCAAUUAUGCUACGUAGGUUUAAGGUUACUGUGGUGUAGGGGAGAGAACAAACUAGGACAGUAAGAAAAAUUAUGAAAUAUAUUAUGAAAAGGAAGUAUAUUUUUGCAAUUGAAUUUAUUUAGAAAUUUUGGUUUUCUAAAAAACAAAAAAUGACAAUUUUUAAUGCACAGUUCAAGCGGAGACAUAAAAUAUUCAUGCGUUCAAGUUCAUUUUUUAUACAGGAAUUUACGAAAAACACAAAUACAUUUCAUUUCUACGCUAAAAAAUAAAACAGGACCAAUAACCAUCAAUCCCCAGUGGCUGGCGAAUGGUAACAGCCAUCCAAACAACAUAACCAACAAACCAGCAGCAGUAAAGCAGCAACUCAGCCAAACAACAAUCUAAGCAAAAAACAUCGAAACUCGGAAACAAAUCAUUUGAAGCAAUAAAGGCUGGUGGUAAAACACAACAGCUCUUCAAAGGCGGCGGCCCUAACAAAAGAAACGAGAAUCAAGUACUUGGCUCACAUUGGUGGCUUGGUGCUAACAAACAAACAUACAGACAGACAGACACCCAAACAUAAAGCAGAAGUAAAGGCAAAUAAAUUUCGUCACCAUGUCCAGUGGAAGUGGUGGUCAACGUAUACGCCGAGAUGAAUUCGACAUAGAGUCGAGAAGUGAUGAGCAUUAUCAUCAUCGAAGAGGAGGAGAUGAUAGACGGAGUCAUUCAAAUCGCAGAUCUCCUUAUAGUCGACAUCGUGAUGAUGAUUAUAGUCGUUCACGAAGCCGAAGUCGCGGCCGUUACGGCGGUGGCGGUGGCAGUCAACGUCGUGGAAACAGCAGAUAUUCUGUUAGUCGCAGCCGCAGUCGUAGCCGUGGUCAUUCCUCGCGACGACGUCUUGACAGUGGCAGUCAACAUUCUUCACAUUCUAAACGAUAUCGUGAUUCACGAUCCCGCUCCUAUUCUAGAUCACGUUCCAGGUCGCCGGCCUAUAACAGGCGGCAAAAUCGUCAUCGUGAUUAUGACACCGACGACAGAAGAGGCGGCGGCGAUUAUAAACGUCGUAGUUCCAAGUCACGUUCCAGAUCAAGAUCGUCUUCACAUUUUCGAAGCGAUCGAAAUGAGAAAGAACAAUCCAACAAGAAGACGCACAAGAAUAACCUCGAUGCUAUAAAGGAAAGCGAUGCAUCAUCAAAUGAUAACUCACAAGAAUCUAAACAAAGCCAAGACUCAAACUAUGUAGGCAACCUAGAAGAUUUGCCCUUGCCCCAGCAAAAAAAUGAUGAAAGCAAACAGCAAAAUGAUGCUGAUAAAGGUAUUUACAAAUUCGAUGAAAAUGAGCCAAUUGAUCGGGCUCGUAUACACCGUGAAAUGGAGGAAAAAUUACGGCAGGCCUUGGCCAAAGAGGGUAAAGUCUAUCCACCACCCAAACCGGAGGCAUCACAUCCGGUCUUUGCAAAUGAUGGUUCAUUUCUGGAAAUCUUUAAGAAAAUGCAAGAUCAGCAACAAUUACAGGUGAAACCAUCAACCUCAGUGGCAGCUGUUGUGCCACCGGCAAUUGUAAAUCCUGUAGUGCCCAUACUGGCUGCAUCCUCUGUCAGUCCUGCAACAGCACCAUAUUUGGUGGCCACAGCCACUGGCAAAAGUGCACCUCCACCGCCGAUUGUGGGACGCCGCAAAGGUGGUAAAAUUCUAAAAACCGGAGUGGUGGCCAAGCCAAAGGCCCAAACAGAAGUCAGUAAUGAUCCCAAGGAUUUCUGGUCACUGUAUUUGGCGGAAGUGAAUAAAUAUAAAAACACAGCUUGUGAAUCGGAGCAAGGCAAUAGACCUCUAAUUAAAUAAACACAAAAAAUAAUCAUAAAAUGAACUAAGAAUGCAAAGAACGAAGAACAAGAAAUGAACUUGAAAAACAUGAGUCUGUCUUUUUUUAGAAAUGAACUGUGCAUAUAUUUUUUUUUUACAUUUUCGAUUUAUAAUUUUUACCUAACCCACUCAAUUUUCGGGUUAUUUUUUCCAAACUUUUUUAUUUUUCAAUUGUGAAUCUUGAAAUAUCCUUCCUAUUCUUUUUGAUUUCUCUUUCCUAUUUCUAAGUGUAGUUUUUAAGUAGUUGUAAGAUACAUUUAUAUAACUAUAUAAUACACGUAUAAAUUAUAUAAUUAUUAUAUAUAUGGUAUACCACAAAUUACACACACAUACUCCCGUACUCAAGAAACUAUAAUAUUUAUUAGAAAAAGAAACUCCCCCAGUAGAUGUUUUCAAAUACAGACAGCCAAUCAAUAAACAACAAUACAGCACCUGGAAGCCCAAUCCACAAUAAAUAGUGACUUGAAAGCAAAUAAUCUACAAAAAAAAAAAAAAAACGAAAA